UGCUUUACGGCACUUUCCUGCCUCACGUUUCGGAGAUGUUCGACAUUUAACUCCACGGAACUUUGGGGUCAUUAUUAUUUAGAGACAUAUGUAAUGAUGUGGCAAUCUUUUAACUUCAAAUAUGUUUUUUUAACUUAAUUAUUUACCGCAGUCAAGUUGCUCGGAAGCUAAAAAGGAAACUUGGCGCUCCACUGGACGUCAUUUAGUGACGUCACGUACACAGGAAAUGGCACACGGGACGCCGCAUGCUAGGAACAUCAUCUCUCCUCAGACAGUAUUGUGUGGGUGUCAACCUACACAUCACUGUGGCAUGACAACCACAAUGCCGUCAAGUCAAAGGUAAUAUUGAGCCGAAAUGAUGUUUCGGCUGCGCGGUGUGGGUUCCUGCUUUCAGAGACUCAUUCACAAGGUCCCCAUGAACCGAGACCGGGUUCUGGAGCAGUUACAGGUCUGCUCUGCUGAGGACCAUGUGUUUGAUGUGGUGGGGAAGAACAAGGCCAAGCUCACUGUGGACCAUGUAAACAAAGCUGUGAACAUGCUGUGGCGCUUCCAGAAAGACAAACCAGAGUUGCUGAGAACGGUUGAUUUUAUCAAGACUCACCCGCAGUUCCUGACGCUUCGGGUUCUGGCAGAGAACAAAAUAGCACUCAUGGAUGAUUUUAUGUUGGUAGACUUGCUGUAUAGUUUCCUCAGGCUCAAUGUGGACCAUCAUGACUCUCUGGUUCAGCAGUUAGUUUCUGAGGCUUGGCUCAGAUUAGACAAACUUCCACUGACAUCCUUAUCCAAGUUUGCGAUCUGUCUCAACGAUCUGCGCCUUCACCACAGUCCUCUGAUGGGACAAAUCGCCAAUAUUGUGGAUCGGAAGUUGUCAUCCAUUGAUGAUGCCAGGAUCCUCACUACAUUUCUAAUUAGUGUGACAUCCCUGGUGUCUCCUCGUCUUCGAGACGCCCUCAUUCGCAGGGCAGACCACCUCUUGGACAAAAUGGAUCCAUCCAGCGUCAACAACGCUCGUAGAGUGGUGCAGUUCCUGCGUAACGUUAAAUGCAUCCACAGGCCCAUGCUGGAGAAGUGCAACCAGAUCCUUCUGUGCAACGUUCCCAGAAUGGAUGCGGAGAACAUCUGCAUGCUAAUAGGCCUGUAUCAGUCCCUGCAGUUUCACAACUUUGACUUCAAGCUGGCUGUUAAACAACGUCUGACGGAAUUGAUUGACUCCAGCAUCGACACGCACUCUUUUACCAAACUCUUUGUCAGUCUGGCGCCAAUGGCUAGUCCGGAGAUGAGAGAUGGGUUGGAGAGCACAGCCCACAUGCUAGCUGAAGAGUUUGACGCUCAGCAGGUGAUGGCUAUCGCUGAAACGCUGGAAGAGAUUGGGAGCAGGAACCUGAGUUUGAUGAACAAGAUUGCAUCAGGAAUCCAAAGGAACCUCGACAUUUACAACCCGGUGGAGGUCACCAGAGUCACACGUGCCCUUUUCAUGUUGCAUUACCAGAAUCCAGAACUCUUCACCAAACUAAGAAACCUGUUAGUCGGCUUUUUAGAGCGCAGCUUCUUCCCCAGCGAGGUGACCAUGCUGACCCGUGUUCUCUCCAUGUUCCCUUCCCCGCACCUGGAGGAGGCCGUGAUCUCACGGCUCAACGCGGUGGUGUCCCAAUGUACUUUCAAUGACCUCAACGCCAUUUCCUUUGCUCUGGGGAAGUGGGUACGCAACGACCCCUCGUACCGCCACAGCACUCCCAGCAGGUACGUGCGUCUGCUGCAGACCCUCAGCCGCUGCGGCCGCAUCAGGCUCCAGACCACCGAGCGACUGGACGUGCUGCUGGAGGAGCUCAGGUACGUUUCGGGGGAGUGGUUUGAGGAGAUGCUGCUAGAAGAGACCAUGGCCACUCUGCAGAGAAUGAUGGACCAAAUCAAUUGGACAAACGUGCCGGAGUUGGCCCUCUUCGUAGCAAGAACACAUCAGGUGUGCCCUCCCUUGAUGGAGCGAAUCGCCAGCGUGGCCGUUCAAGAUAUUCAGAAGAUUCACCCCUCAGCAAUGUAUUCCAUCCUGCUUCCCUUUUCCUUCUUCAACUACGAUCCCGAAGGAGCAGACCAGUUGUACGACGUUUGCAUACAGCGCUUCACUCCUCAUAUCGGCUCCUUUGACCCUCAUCUACUGGUUCUUCUGGCCUACUCUUUGGCGGUGGCGGACUAUUUUCCUGAGGAACUCAUUCGAGAAAUCUUCAACAUAGAUUUUCUGGGCAAGCUGGACACCGAGUUGGAAAUGUUGCCCAACACCCUUAACAUGCGGACCCGACUGCGACUCAUGGAGCUCAACCGUGCCGUGUGUCUAGAGUGUCCCGAAUUUCAGGUGCCGUGGUUUCAUGACCGCUACUGCCAGCUCAUGCUGGACAGAGGGAAGGGUUCCGUCAGUCCCGUACAGCAGCAAAUCCAUAAAAUCUUGGCUGAAGUCCUUGGUGGCAUGAACUUUGUUAAAGCGGCAGAGGUCACGCCUUAUUUUUACACUUUAGAUUAUGAAUGUAUUCUGGAUAAGCACCUCCAGCCAUUGCCGUACAGCAAGCCGGGGAUUCUGCAGAUCUCGGAUAGGGAAAAGAUUCACUGGGGUCCAAGUUCACUGGACACCAUCAGGAAGGAGCUUCCACCGGGGGCACAGCGUGUUUCUAUUGAUUUCCUGGACUCCAAGUCCUUCGGAAAAAAUUCUCAUCACAUGAAAGGCGAGGCGCAGAUAAGGAAACGACACCUGGAGAUUCUGGGAUAUCGUGUUGUUCAGAUCCCUCACUUUGAAUGGAACUCCAUGGAGCUCUCGACCCAGCAGGCUUGGAUGGAAUACCUCAAGAAGAAAAUAUUUCUCUCACCCUGAAGGCCUUAUUUUUUUAUUUAUAGACAAAAUAAUAAAGGCCGCACAUGUCGAAUUUCACUGCAGUAAAGUGUGCUGUACACGUG